AAUAAAUCAUUAAUACGUUAGUCAAUGCUUUCACAGAUAUCAUAGGUUGUAAAAUGAGAGAUUCCCAGGGAUUGAUAUAAAAAAAGGACUUUUGGCCGGUCUUGUCGAGACUUGUGUUUUGAGGAUGCGCACUGAUCAGGUUUUGGGGUAAAGCUUUGAAGAAUUAGAACGGCAAGCGAGUGUUGGAUAUAUAAAAUGCGGGACAUUGUGCAUCUACAAGUCGGACAGUGCGGAAAUCAUAUAAGUUCUAAGUUCUGGGAAGUUAUCGCAGAGGAGCAUGGGAUAGACCCAGAUGGGCAAUGCACCGCUGUACAAUCCAAAAUACAAACCGACAGGCUCAAUGUUUAUUUUGACGAACGACUAGAUGGGCGUUUUGUACCGCGGUCCGCGUGCAUUGAUCUGGAGCCUGGAUCUAUUGAUGCAUUGCGCGCCUCGCGUUAUGGUCGACUUUUCAAUCCAGAGUGCUGCAUCAGUGGUCAGAACAGCGCCGCAAACAACUGGGCGAAAGGCUUUUACACUGAAGGCGCCGAGCUGAUGGACUCUGGAAUGGAUUGCAUCCGAAAACUCGCGGAAAACUGCGAUACGGUCCAAGGCUUUCAGAUCGCGCACUCGCUCGGCGGGGGGACUGGGUCUGGCCUAGGCUCACUCCUUCUUUCCAAGAUCCGCGAGGAAUACCCGGACAGACUCGUGUCCAGUUUUUGCGUCCUUCCGUCCCCCUUGGUGUCCGAGACAGUCACGGAACCGUAUAAUGCCACUUUGAGCUUUCAUCAGCUAGUGGAUGUAGCGGAUGCGGCGAUUUGUAUUGACAAUGAAGCCUUGUAUAAUAUCUGCUAUAAUGUCCUUAAGAGGGAGACGCCGACAUACAGUGAGCUGAACAGUCUUAUCGCGACCACGAUGAGCGGGGUAACAACUUCGCUACGAUUCCCGGGGCAGCUAAACGCGGAUCUUCGUAAACUCGCCGUCAAUAUGGUCCCCUUCCCACGACUCCAUUUCUUUAUUCCGUCCCAUGCCCCACUCAUUAGCAGUCGGAAUGAGGAAUACCGCACAUACCACGUGACGGAACUCACGGAAAAGAUGUUCGGCCCGCAAGGCAUGAUGGUAGCGUGCGACCCCCGUCAAGGGAGGUACUUGACGGUCGCAGCGAUGUUUCGAGGCAAGAUGGCGAUGCGAGAUGUCGAGGAAUCCAUCUCUUGUAUGCAGGACAGUCACUCCUCUUCGUUCGUUGAAUGGAUCCCGAAUAACAUGAAGACGGCAGUAUGUGAUGUGCCGCCAGUCGGGCUGAAAAACGCGGCGACUUUUCUGUACAACAGCACUGCUAUCCAGGAGGCAUUCCGCCGCUUUACUGAGCAGUUCGCAGCAAUGUUCAGACGACGUGCCUUUCUACACUGGUACACAACUGAGGGUAUGGACCCGUUAGAGUUCACAGAGGCGGACUCAAAUCUAAACGACCUCAUCUCUGAGUAUCAGCAGUACGAAGACGCCAAGAGUGACGAUGACGUCAUAACUGCCUCGGACGAAGAGGAGGCUGAAGAAUUCGUCGAGUGAUGCAUGCCGGCCGGCAUUUAUACGCAGUGUGGUUUUCGAAUCAUGAGAACGUGCCACAAAUUCAUAUUUGGGGAGACUUAUGAUAUCCAUAUAUGGGGAGGUCUACACCCAUUAUGUGAGGGAAUCAUAUCCAUAUACGGGGAGGUCCGAUCCAUUUAUGAAGAGGUUCUCAAUGUGGUGUCGUCGGAUGGUCGUAUGAACACAUCGCAGACGCAAAGAGGACAUAUAAAAUCAUUCUGUCUUUUCUGACUCAUAAGAACAAAGCUUUUGAUACUUUGAAAUCUAUUACUACACAAAAUAUAUCCGAGUUCUGUAGCCCUAUUCGUACUCUAGCCUUGAUGUUUACAAAAAUAUACAAAAAAGUAGACGGGGGUGCUCGACCUAUCUUUUAGGGUAUAAAAUUCUCACCAACUGCUAUCUCUUAGGGUGUGUAUUAGGAUUUUUCCCAUUCUGCUAUCUUUUAGGAAUUUUCACGCCUGGGGAGGAGGAUUUUUCCAAUUUUGCUAUCUUUUAGGGGUUUUCACGCCGGGGGAGGAGGAUUUUUCCGAUUCUGCUAUCUUUUAGGGUGUCUCACGCUAAGUGGUGGCCCAAUCGCUUGAAAUGUAUUUUACAAUAAACCACAAGUCAACUGAUCGGUUAAUACUUUCUACUUUUUUGUCGGUAACAUAACAAUACAGGAUCCGUCAGCCAAUUAAAAAGAGCAUUGCUUUUUAAAUGCUAUCUCUCAAGGUUAAAAAUUCCUUCGACCACACCCUAUGUUCUUAUCUCUCAAGGGCAAGAAUUGUUGGGUCAAAAUUGAUUUUGCUGUCGAGCACCCCCGUCUGUUUUUCUCGAAGUCCCCGCCCCCGGGUAUACAAAGCCUUGGCAAAUGAUAAACUUCCUACUGCCUCUCUGCCCCUUAUCUCAAGGGUAAAGAGAAGGUCAAAGGGUAAUAUGAUAAAUACUUACCAUCAUACAAUAAUGUAGAGACGAAGAGAGCAGAUAAUGAAUAUAUUAUCCAUUUAUUCUGCUCAUUUUGGGAGAAACAAAAGAAGAUACGCUUGAAGUUAUGCUAUAUUAAAAUUUAAGCUAUAAUUUUAAAUACGAUUAAAUUGUACAAAUAGACGCGUGAUUUUAUGAUAAUUAAAAUUUGCUUAACAGCGGAAUUAGCUACUGUUAUUCAAUCAAAUAAAGUUAAUAUUAUAUGAAA